AAUCACAAGAAUUCCGAGCCCGCAAGACACACUCCACAUCUUGACAAUCCACGUCAUCAUCACUGUCAGAUGCCCUCGGCAUAUUCUUUCAUCAGUUCUCCUUCCUUCAUUUUCACUCCUCUUCUCUCCACCGCCAGCCACUGCUCCAAUGGAUGCUCUCCGGAGCCGCGUGGAGUCUUGGAUCCGGGACCAAACCGAUCGUAUCAUGGCCGUGCGCUUGCCGCAGCCUCCGCGGUGGCGCUGGUCGCCGUGGAAGGCCAGGGAUGACCGCCGGGAGCGUGAGCGGAAGCUCCGGGAGGAGUUUGAGCGACAGCGGAAGCAGCUACUUGAUCUCUGCCGAGCCGUCAAGGCCGAUUCUGUUGCGGAUCUCCAAGAAAUCCUUUCCUGCAUGGUCCUCUCCGAGUGCGUUUACAAGAGGCCUGCUUCUGAGAUGAUUCGAGCUAUCAACAAAUUUAAGUCUGACUUUGGCGGGCAAAUUGUUUCUUUAGAGCAUGUGCAGCCUUCUUUGGAUCAUGUGCCUCACCGGUAUUUGUUAGCUGAGGCAGGUGAUACACUAUAUGCUUCGUUUAUUGGCACAAAACAAUACAAAGAUGUCAUCACUGAUGUAAACAUACUCCAAGGAGCCAUAUUUCAUGAGGAUGAUGAUGAAGAUUUUGGUUUGCUUGACAUUAAGGAAGACCAAGGAGACUUGCCAAAUAAGAUAGAAGAAGUUCAUGGUAAGCCACACCAAGUAAAAACAAAGCAACUGAAGAAUAACUUGAAGCCUGCUGCUCACCGGGGUUUCCUGGCUCGUGCUAAAGGGAUUCCAGCAUUGGAGCUGUAUAAGCUUGCACAGAAAAAGAAUCAAAAACUUGUCCUUUGUGGGCAUUCCCUUGGUGGGGCGGUGGCAGUUUUAGCAACGCUUGCAAUCCUGAGAGUUCUUCUACUGUCUCCUCUGGUGAAGGAUCAUGAGAAAGUCAAUAUCAAAUGCAUCACUUUCUCUCAACCUCCUGUUGGCAAUGCUGCUCUUCGAAAUUAUGUUCAUCGGAAAGGAUGGCAGCACCACUUCAAAACUUACUGCAUUCCAGAAGAUUUGGUGCCGCGCAUAUUAUCUCCUGCUUAUUUUCAUCACUAUAAUGCUGCAAAUUUGGAGACAUCGCCUGAUAUUGAAAUUUCUAAGAUAUCCUCAGCAAAACAUGAGGGAAUCAAGAAAUCCAGUACGAUCAGUAAAGAAAAUGGAGAGCAGCUUGUGCUGGGACUUGGUCCUGUUCAGACAUCAUUUUGGAGACUUUCUAAACUUGUCCCUUUGGAGGGCAUUCAGAAAAAUUUAAACUUAUUCAAAAGAGUAGGCAAAGAUAUUAGAAAACCAUCAGCUGCAAAUAAUAGUGUGGAAUCCAUGGUUGUUGAUACUGAUGGAGAACCCCAAUCCUUGGAAAUACAAGAGGGUUCUGAAGGUAUUUCUCUUGCUCCGCUUCCUGAUGUAGGCAGAGGGCCUGGUGAAGCUAGCAACAGCCAAGAAGAUGAGAAAAGCAGGGAUAAAGUUGGUAAUUCCACAGAAUGGCGCAGAGUCCCUUAUUUGCCCUCAUAUGUACCAUUUGGGCAGCUCUAUUUGUUGGGAAAUUCAUCAGUGGAAUCGCUCUCAGAUGCGGAAUAUUCAAAAUUAACAUCGGUGAGGUCUGUUUUAGCAGAACUGAGGGAGCGCUUGCAAUCACAUUCGAUGAGAUCAUAUAGGUCCCGCUUUCAGAAAAUAUUUGACAUGUGCAUGGGUUUGGGAUCUUUGGGUUCUUCUCCCUUCCUGGGAAUUGAGCAGUUACCGCAGUUUCCAAAUUUACAACAGUUGCUUGGUUUGGCAGCUGUUGAUGGGGUUGUGCGUCUGGGCAAUAUUGUGGAGCCACCUGUUAUCCAAACUGCUACGUCUAUUGUCCCUCUUGGUUGGACAGGUGUUCCUGGAAAUAAAAAUGCAGAGCCUUUAAAAGUUGAUAUUAUUGGUCAUGGCCUACAUUUAUGCACUCUUGUCCAAGCUCAAGUAAAUGGAAACUGGUGUUCAACUGCUGUGGAAUCCUUGCCUUCAAUGCCACCUUAUUCGUCUCAACAUCACAUGCAACCCGAUUUACAGAAAAUGAGAAUCUUAAUCGGCUCCCCACUGAAAAAGCCACCAAAACAUUCUGGUUUUGAUGAUUCUUUACCCUCUGUGCUGUCCUCCCCAGUCACAGAUCUUGUCAAUGUCAAUGCAGAACAGAAAACUGGAUACUUCAGUGAAGAAAGAAGAGCAAACUGUGAAGGAUUUGAUGCUUUUGUUGUAUAUUGUACUAGUGACUUUGUCACUGUCUCCAAGGAGGUUUACGUUAGAGCGCGUCGGGUGCGAUUACUUGGUUUUGAGGGUGCUGGAAAAACUUCUCUGUUAAGUGCACUGAUUAAACAAGGUAAGCCAAGGAACAAAGCCGGCCAGGAAAAUAUUCAUCCAGAACUAAACAGUCAAGAAGUAAUGGCUGACGGAAUCAGCUAUUUUGAUUCUCCUGGAGUGAACUUGCAGGAGUUGCAUUCAGGCAUGAGUAGCUUCAGAGAAGAAUUGCAGGCUGGAGCUAAUGAUAUCCAUAGGAAGACGGAUUUGAUUGUUAUUGUUCAUAACUUAUCACAGAGAAUUCCAUGGUACCACCAAGCAGACACUCCAAAUCAUCAACCAGCAUUGUCACUUCUCUUAAAUGAGGCCCGUUGUCUUGGUGUCCCCUGGGUCUUGGCCAUAACAAAUAAAUUCUCUGUCAGUGCUGAUCAGCAAAAGACCCUGGUUAACUCUGCCAUGGAAGCAUAUCAAGUUUCUGCUGGCAUGACAGAAGUCAUCAAUUCUUGUCCAUUUGUCAUUCCCAGUGCUCCUCUACCAUGGAGCCCAGCGGAUCAGGAGUCGAGCGGGAAGACACCAGCCCAAAAUAUUAUUCUCGCUCCUAUUAAUUUUGCCCGCAUGCCAUUCCAAAGGAAAGCUAUCAUAAUGCCUGCUGAAGGCAUUGCGGCCCUUCGUCAACUCAUACACCGUGUGCUAAGGAGUCAAGAGGAGAUGUCUUUCCAGGAAUUUGCUAAAAAUAGGUUAUCUGUGGAAUUGGCUCGACGAAGGGAGACAUUAGUAAUUACCAAGCAAGAGUCCCCGGAAAAAGGAAACUCAAUAACAGCUGCUGUUGUUGGUGCCUCCCUUGGUGCUGGCCUUGGCAUUGUGAUGGCCAUUGUUAUGGGUGCAGCAUCAGCGUUGAGAAAACCAUGAAUGGGAGCAGGUAACAUUUUCUUUUGUUGGUUUUGUUGUCACAGGCAAGGGAAGCAUUGGUUGUAGAUAUUGGGUGGAGGAAUUACUUAAACAGAGCAAUUGAUUGUUAUUCACAUUCAUAUCCAUUUGAGUUUUCUCAGAGAUUUAUUCACAUAAAGGAAAAUCUGUACAUGUUUUUCAUAGAAUGUUUUGACCUAAUUUUAAGUCCCAGGGUUUAAGUCUCUAUGUAAGAGUGAAAUGAGUGCAAACCAUUCAUGAUUUGAUUUUCUAUGUGAAACUGCUCACAACCUAAUCUUAUUGAUUACUCUUCCUUUU